CGAACUGGCGUUGAGCGAUUUAAUGUUACUUUGCUUCCAUCUAGCGCAAUAUAUUAGUACUUCAACUGACCCUGUGAUGUCAUGAACUGUCGCAAAAAUUAUCGGACCCUUUCCGCUUCAUUUACAUCUGAAUGUAUGGCUUUUGUCAUUUCCGUCAUCAUGUAUUUCGAUAUGUUUAUAGCCCCGUAUCAAAUGCAAUCAUUGCUUUAUUUCACCCGUUUUACGUUUAGUUAUUGACCUCAAUGCUGUGUUUACUUUUUUUUUAUGUAAUCACCUGUUUGGUCGCUUUACGGCAGAGCGUGGAGGUCAGAGAAGCAUGAUGAAAAGGCGAACCCAACCAUCCAUUACAAAAAGCUGAUCAGUUCAAUACCUGACUACUUACAGUAAGACAGUGUACAAACUUAUUGAAACGUAAACAUAUUACUGCGUUGUAGAUACCAGGAAAUAUCACUAUAUAGCUUUUCCAACGAGAACUGUUGGUCCCACCGCUUGCAUCAUACCGUUUGGUCUGCUAGGCUAGCUAGCUAGCUCACCCAACCAGCAUCUCCAGUCCGAAGCAUUUGCCGGGUGUCUCUUCAGAUCUUCCCCAGAUAUGGACAACAAUGCCCCCGGAUCGGGAGGGAAAGGUGGCUUCGGGAGUCUCUUUGGCGGAAGCGAAUACUCCAACACAGAACUCGCCGGUGUCCCAUUGACCGGAAUGAGCCCCCUGUCACCUUAUCUCAAUGUCGACCCCCGCUACCUCGUACAGGACACAGAUGAGUUCAUUCUGCCCACCGGGGCCAGCAAAACCAGGGGGAGGUUUGAACUGGCCUUUUUCACCAUUGGGGGCUGCUGCAUCACAGGAGCUGCGUUUGGGACAGUGAAUGGUCUGAGGAUGGGGUUGAAGGAUACAAGAGAAAUGGGCUGGACUAAACCUCGCAACGUCCAGAUUCUCAACAUGGUGACCAGACAAGGUGCAUCGUGGGCCAACACACUGGGCUCUGUUGCAUUGUUGUACAGUGUAUUUGGCGUUGCCAUAGAGAAGGCUAGAGGAGCAGAGGAUGAUAUCAACACUGUGGCUGCUGGGACACUCACAGGCAUGCUCUUCAAAUCAGCAGGAGGGCUGAAGGGAGUGGCGCGUGGUGGUCUGGUGGGGUUAGCCUUGUCUGGGGCCUAUGCUCUCUACAGCAACUGGGACCAUAUCAGAGGCGGCUCCUCAAGUCUCUACUGAACACGUCCCUGUCUGUUUGGUUUCAUCCAAAAUGGCACCCUCUUCCCUCCCUCCAGAUCCUCAGGGAAUAGGGUGCCAGUAGUCAAACCCCUCCCACAAAUAUCAACAGCCUGUUCACUUCCCAAUGUAUUUGUAUUUUUUAAGGGGAUAUUGGAGGAAGGACUGAGAUGUCGGUAAACCAUGGACAAAAUGACCUCCGAGAAACACCCCUCUGUCUACACACAACUUCCCCUGCUGUCCCACCCACCCGGUGACAGCCCAGUCCCUUUGGGGUACCCCCCCUCCCAUAGAUCUGAAAAGCUAUUUCCAAGGGGUUCAUGUGUUAUUGUAUUGGGAACUGUUUUUAGUAAUGUAUCUUUUGUUAUAUUAUUGAAUGCUGCGUCUAGUAGCCAAGAGAGAGAGAGAGAGAGACGUGUUAAGAGUAUUUACUAAGCAGAGGGAGACUGGGGCCCUGUUGUAAUACUUUUUACAUGCCUCCUCCCUUCCUGUGAAGUAGUCACUGAUCUGACAUGACUGGAGCGAUGGAAACAGUGUAAAUCUGUUCACCUAUCCAGUCACGCUCUCCCGAGUGGUGCAGCAGUCUAAGGUACUGCAUCUCAGCGCAAGAGGCGUCACUACAGUCCCUGGUUUGAAUCUAGGCUGUAUCACAUCCGGCCGUGAUUGGGAGUCCCAUAGGGCGGUCGGUGCACAAUUGGCCCAACGUCAUCCAGGAUUGGCCCGGGGUAGGCCAUCGUUGUAAAUAAGAAUUUGUUCUUAACGGACUUACCUAGUUAAAUAAAGGAUAAAUGUAAAACAUAAAAUGUCCGAUCAGUGAUUACUUGGAGGAGGGGCGAAGGAAUGAUGGAUAUAUUUGAAGACCUCUGCUGGUGUUACCGACUGGGUAUUUAAAGGGCAACUCCUCCACUUUUCAAGCUAAUUUUCAUUUUCUCCAACACAAUACGUGUCAACGUUUUGUGAAAAUGGUGCAUUUCUACGUUUUGUAGAAAAGAAAUGUGAAGUUUAAAAAAUUCUACCUGAUAACAUCAAAAGUGAUUUUCAAACACAGAUUUGCAGUGACGUGGGGAGCAGGAACAUAGCCUGCCUUGGACUAGAAACCUGUAGGUUUUAAUCUGACCCUGUGAUGUCCUCUUUUUAUUUUUUUUUUUUUUUUUUAUAUUUUUUAGGACAUUCUUUGAAACCACAGAUCCUAGAAACACUGUUUUCACAUAUGUAGACAUUGUUUUGAUGAUGGAUAGGAGGUUGAAAAGCGGUGGAAUUUCCCUUUAAGAUGUAAUGACUAAUCGCUCCCUAUUGUAAAGCCUGGUGGUUAGUACAGAGCGCUAAAGCAAGUCUUCUCAGGCAAGGUUAAAUGGUUCAUUGAACCACCUCUGCCACACUGGUCUUAGACCUGAUCAGAAAGCUGCUGGAAACCAUGAAUGUAGUCCUGUCUCUUGAUGUUGGUUGUCGUCCUUCAGAUACAAACCACAAGACUCUUCUCUUCAAACUAAAGAGCAAUGAGAAACUUUCCCAACACACACCCUGCCAAGGCCUAACAAUCAGUACUGUUCUAAUGCAGCUAUUCAUAGUGAGUACUGUUUUCCUGUUAGUUGUGCUUGAUGCUGGCCUGUUUCAUAAGUUGCCUCCAAACAGUACUGGAAGUGUGUAUUAUCUGUGUUGACUUGCCUGUUAAUCCCAUUGUAAGAACAAUACAACAAACAUUGGAAAUGCGAA